AUGGUUUAUUAUGAUGUCGAUGAUAUCAUGCUUAGCGAGCAGAAGAUUCCUGUUACAUUCAAUCACACUGUGCUGAACUUUGGGCUACUUGGGUCAGACACAUGCAGAACAAUUCCUGCAGGCAAGAAGGUAGACGCACCUUACUUCCUUGUUGGCUUUUUGCUCAGAAACGGGCACUGCAAGAUGUCAAGAGAGUUCCACAGCGAAAAGGUGGUGGAAGACAUCCGUGCAAAACCCUCUGCAGUUGAUCUGAGGUCUGUGUGCCCAUACUUUUUCUACUUGCAUUCGAUGCUUGCCGGCAGCCAUGCCCUGCUUGCUGAGUUCUUCUACGAGCGAAUAGGCGAUUAUUCGCCACUCAUCCUCAAAGAUGCCUUCUCAGAGGAUGAUGUAUGGAAGCUUGAGAUGACAGAAAGGCGGCUGAUAGUGCAGGCCAGAAAAACAUUUCAGAGCUUCAGAGUGUUCUUUCUGUGA